UCCUCGACGACAUUCAUAAACUCAAAUCAUUUGUUUUUUUCUUUACUUCGACGUUCAAUCUCUAAGAAUGAAAUAUUCAAGAACCACACUAGUUCUUUUACUAUUCUUCGUCGUCAUAUCGGAAUCAAGCUCAGCAUUAGCAAAUCCGGAGACGUUCACACAAUGCCUAACCUCAAACUCUGACCCUAAACAUCCCAUCUCUCCCGCCGUGUACUUCGCCGGAAACGGCUCCUACUCCUCCGUACUUGAAGCCACCAUUCGUAACCUUCGGUUCAACACCUCCAACACUCCAAAACCCUUCCUCAUAAUCGCUGCAACACAUGAAACCCACGUGCAAGCCGCGGUUACUUGUGGCAAACGUCACAACCUUCAGAUGAAAAUCAGAAGCGGAGGCCACGACUACGAUGGCUUGUCAUACGUUACGUACUCAGGCAAACCGUUCUUCGUCCUCGACAUGUUCAAUCUCCGUUCAGUUGAUGUUGACACGGCGAGUAAAACCGCUUGGGUCCAAACCGGUGCCAUCCUCGGAGAAGUUUAUUACUAUAUAUGGGAGAAGAGCAAAACGCUCGCUUAUCCCGCUGGAGUUUGUCUAACAGUUGGUGUCGGUGGCCAUAUUAGCGGCGGAGGUUACGGUAACAUGAUGAGAAAAUAUGGUCUCGCCGUAGAUAACACCAUCGAUGCAAGAAUGGUCGUCGAUGUCAAUGGAAAAAUAUUGGAUAGAAAAUUAAUGGGAGAAGAUCUCUUCUGGGCAAUAAACGGAGGAGGGGGAGGUAGCUACGGCGUCGUUUUGGCCUACAAAAUAAACCUCGUCGAAGUCCCUGAAAACGUCACUGUAUUCAGAAUCUCCCGGACGUUAGAGCAAAACGUGACGGAGAUAGUUCACCGGUGGCAACAAGUCGCACCGGAGCUUCCCGACGAGCUCUACAUAAGAACAAUCAUUGACGUAGUAAACGGCACCGUGUCAUCUCAAAAGACCGUCAGGGCAACAUUCAUAGCUAUGUUUCUUGGAGACACAACAACGCUCUUGUCGAUAUUAAACUGGAGAUUCCCAGAAUUGGGUUUGGUCCGGUCUGAUUGUACCGAAACAAGCUGGAUCCAGUCUGCGCUAUUCUGGAUAAAUAUCCAAGUUGGUUCUUCGGAGAAACUUCUACUCCAAAGGAUUCAACCCGUGAACUACCUCAAGAGGAAAUCAGAUUACGUACGUGAACCGAUUUCAAGAACCGGUUUAGAAUCAAUUUGGAAGAAAAUGAUCGAGCUUGAAAUUCCCACGAUGACUUUCAGUCCAUACGGUGGUGCGAUGUGGAGAAUAUCAUCGACGGCGACUCCGUUCCCAUACAGAGCCGGGAAUCUUUGGAAGAUUCAGUACGCUGCGAAUUGGAGAGAAGAUAGGUUAACCGACCGGUACAUUGAAUUGACGAGGGAGUUGUACCGAUUCAUGACUCCUUUUGUUUCCAAGAAUCCAAGACAGUCGUUUUUUAACUAUCGUGACGUUGAUUUGGGGAUCAAUUCACACAAUGGGAAAAUAAAUAGCUACAUUGAAGGCAAGCAUUACGGUAAAAAAUAUUUUGCCAGAAAUUUCGAGAGAGAAAAAACAAAUGAAGAACGAGAGAGUGCGAGCCCUUUUCUCCUCCCUCUAUCCUUGCUAUCUCCGAUCUACUCCUCCACCAUCUCCGCCGUUAUGGCUGAACCGUCCCCAUCCUCCUCUCCUCAAUGUCCUCCUCCACCUCCCAAACCCUAUCUCACCUCGAUAGCCCCUCCUUUGCCGCCGUGACCCCAAAACCCACCUGACUCAACUAAGACCUCUUCGCUUCCCCAGAUAUUGCAGAUGAUAUGUGGGUACGAGAGAAUACCGAGAAGCUAGGGUUGUGACUGAGCAGCGAUGAGCCAGUUGAGAGAGAACUAUUGCGACGGCGGGGAUAGAGAGAUAUGAAGGCUGAACGGGAAUCGAUUCGCAAAAGCAGCUUCUCUCUCUCGUCCGCAAUUUCACAUCUGAACGAUCUCGUGGAGGCAAGGAUUGGUCUUCUUCAGCUUGAAGUUUCUAAUAUUGGCAGUGAGAUUGAUGCUCUUAAGGUUUGGCUACACAUUGUUUAUUUGAGUUUGAGUUUGAUAUUCUGGAGUUUUUGUGGAUGACUUGAUGGUUGGUGAAAAUAAAGAACAAGGAAGGAUUACUCAGGUGGUUCUCAUCUUUCUAACGUCUUCAUAAGUUCAAGUUCUUGACAUAUAACUUUUUUUUUCUUUGGUGAUUGUUUAAUUCUCUUUGUGAUAUACAUAGAUCAGUUUAGAAGCCAAAUGGAAGAGCUGAACAAGGAAAUAAGGUUCACUUUGAUUCUCCUGUCUUUUUAAUGUUUCUGCUGAUGCAACACAUCUAAGUUGCUUGGUUUGGGUAAUAGGGAGUUUCAGAAAAAAGUAGAAUCGAGUUUGAGUAAUGAUGAUAGAACCAUAACAGCAAGUGAGUAGCUAAAGUUUACAGUUUACUAUUCUUUUCUGAUUUUUCACUGUUUAUUAAGAGAUAAUGGCUUGCGGAUAUGUUUCAGAUUUUGUUUAUUCAUUCCACAAAGAGAACUAAUGGUAUGAUAAGAAAAUGUCACUCAGGGAGGCCAUAACAGAGAAAACAAAUUCAGUUCAAGUUCUUGCUGAAUAUCCUUAAGUCCGCUAGAUAGUCACUAAGAAUGUUCAAGCAACUGGAACUAGAGCUUCUGUUUCUAUCAAUUGAAACAGAAUCAGAUUGAAUGAGGCAAAGAUCAGAUUAAAUGUCUGUGUCUGCUCACGAGCUGAUGUUGAGUUUAUAAUCCGAUUACAGUCGUGUCAUAUCAAUGCCGUCGGAGUGCUGAGUUUGAAUGACAAGUGAAGUCACCAGCGGAUGUGGAAGGCUGAGAAGGAUGAAGUUGUUGUCUCAGCUUUCUUUCAUCCCUCUUUUCUGUGGUAUAAGACUUGGCUUCUAUGUACUCAUAUAUCUUCUAUUUGUAAGUGGUUCUAACUCUGUCUAAGAGUUUAAAACUCUUAUCUUUCUUGAAUGUAUGAUAUGAAACUAAGGUUUAACCUUAA